CCCGCGAUCUGAGGGUCACGGCCUGGCUCGCGAGCGACGCGCCCGCGGACGGCGCGGCGCCGCGGAAGGCGCGCCGCGUGUCGUUCGCGGACGGCCGCGACGACCGCGCGCACUGGCUCGACCGCCGCGAGCCGGCGCUCGCGGGGCUCCUGGCGCCCGACGGCCAGCUCGUCGAGGGCGGCGGGCCGGGCAACGCGUUCCUGGACCGGUGCGCGGCCGCGGCGCGCGUCGCGGGCGCGGGAGCCGGCGGCGGCGCGUACCUCGGCGCGCUCGCGGCGGGCGCGGCCUGGAGCGGCGUGCUCGGGCCCGGGUCGCCGAGCCGCCUCGACGUGUAUUUGCGGGAGAGCGGCCAGCCGGCCUACGCGUCCCUGCGGCGCCGGCGCCAGCUCGCCGCGCGGGCGGGAGACGUCGCCGCCGCCGCGGAAGCUUUAGGCGACGCCGAGGCCGCGCGCGGCGGCGCGGCGCGCCUCGAGGCCGCCGCCGCGGCCUACGCGGCGCGUCUGGCGCUGUCGGGCGACGACCUCGCCUUCACGUCCGCCAAGGCGCGCAUGCUGCGGUCCUGCGCGUCCGACGCGCGCGGCCGCGCGGCCGCCGCGCGGCUCGCGCGGCUCGCGCCGAAAGACCAAAGCGACGCGGGCCUCGCCCUCGACGCCUGGGCCUUCGAGCUCGACCUCGCCCUCGGCGACUGGGGCCGCGCGGCGGCCAAGGCCAAUACGGACCCCGGGGAGCGCGUGCCCCGGCUCGCGCGCGAGCUGCUGGAUCGCGGCGCGGCCGCGCGGCUCGUCGCGGCGCCCUGGGGCGACGGCCACGCGCUCGUCGACGCCGCGCUGUUGAAGUUGGCGCGGCGCGACCCCGUCGACGACGCCUUCGCGGCGGACUUCCUCGGCUACGACGACCGCUGCCGCUUCGACGCCGCGCGAUCCGUCGACGCGUACAAGAUCGCCGCGGCGCUCCGCGUCGGGGCCCGCGACUUCGCCGGCGCGGCGGCGGUCUUCGUCGAGCCGCCGUGCGCCGCUGCGAUGACGCUCCAUCGCGCGAUGGCGGCCGCGUGGCUGUGCGUCGUCCUCGUCGCGCGCGCCGCGCGCGCCGACGACGCCCUCGCGCGCGUCGUCGCCGUCGACCGCUGGCUCGACGGCGACGGCCCGCCGCCGGCGCACUGGGAGGUCGCGUCGAAGCGGGACCUGAACCCGCGCUGGAAGAAGCUCGCCGGCGGCAACAGCAAGCAGGUGUCGAAGACGUCCUACGGCAAAGCGAAGGUCGUCGUGAAGACGAAGAUCGAGCACACCAAGGGCAGCGAGACGCUCAAGCGGGAGCGCAUCCUGCGCGCCGAGCUGCUCUUCCUCGAGUACCUCGCCGGGUCUCCCGGCGUCCCGAAGCUCUACGGCGGCUGGCUCGGCGACGGGGGCGCCCGGGUGACCUACGUCGUCCAGGACGCGGGCGAGAUCCUCGGCGCGGGCACGGGCACCGUCGGCCGCCCGGCGAAGCCCACGGCCCC